GCCGGCCUGCCGGCUUGCGGCCGCGGCGGGAUGCGUUCGGUCAGCUAUGUGCAGCGUGUGGCGCUCGACUUCGGCGGCAGCCUGUUCCCGCGAGCCAUCUGCCUGGGGGACGCUGACAACGACACGCUGAAUGAGCUAGUAGUGGGAGACACCAAUGGGAAGCUCUAUAUUUACAAGAAUGACGACAGCAAACCCUGGGCUAUGCGAUCUUGCCAAGGAAUGCUCACGUGUGUUGGUGUGGGAGAUAUAUGCAAUAAAGGAAAGAAUCUUGUGGUGACAGUGAGUGCAGAAGGCUGGUUUCAUCUUUUUGACUUCACUUCUUCAACUUCAAAACACCCAGAUGCUUCAGGCCACCAUGAGUUGGCAGCAGCAGAAGAGCAGAAGCCAGUGUUCAAGCAGCACAUUCCUGCCAACACCAAGGUCAUGCUGAUUAAUGACAUUGAUGGAGAUGGGAAGUGCGAGUUGGUGGUGGGUUACACUGACAGAGUGGUACGUGCCUUCCGCUGGGAGGACUUGUCAGAGAAUUCAGACCACGUAUCUGGGCAGCUGCUCCUGUUGAAGAAAUGGCUGUUAGAAGGUCAGGUGGACAGCCUGUCUGUGAACCCAGGCCCUGAUGGCUCACCAGAGAUGAUGGUGUCUCAGCCAGGCUGUGGUUAUGCCAUUCUGCUGUGCACCUGGGACUCUGAGCAGCAGGCCACAACAGAGGGAAGAGACAACUCUGCCCCAGGCAGCGAAGGCCCUAUUCGAGAUGUUAUUCUGCACCAAACAUCUGGACGGAUUCACAACAAGAAUGUUUCCACUCAUCUAAUUGGUAGCAUUGGACGAGGCUCCUCCGGUGAGAAUAGUGGCUCAGGUCUCUUUGCCCUCUGUACUCUGGAUGGGACAUUGAAACUCAUGGAGGGAGCAGACAAGCUGCUCUGGUCUGUGCAGGUUGAUCACCAGCUGUUUGCUCUGGAAAAGCUGGAUGUUACUGGCAAUGGGCACGAGGAGGUGAUUGCCUGUGCGUGGGAUGGUCAGACAUACAUCAUUGACCACAAUCGGACUGUUGCCAGAUUUCAAGCAGAUGAGAAUGUCAGCGCGUUCUGUGCAGGCCUCUAUGCAUGCAAAGGAGGAAGCAACAGCCCCUGCUUGGUUUAUGUCAGCUUCAAUCAGAAGAUCUACAUCUACUGGGAUGUGCAGCUGGAGAGAAUGGAGUCCACCAACCUGUUGAAAAUCCUGGAUUGUAACCCAGAGUUUGGAAGUCUCCUGAAGCAGCUGGGUGUGGAAAGAAGUGAUGUUUCUGCUGUCAAAAAUCUGAUUCACAAAACACUGUAUUUUCCUGAGAAAUGGCAGCAGAGCAGCACCACUCAGUGUCAGGACCCUGCUGGAAUAGACUCCUCUGCCCACUGCAGUGUCGUCCAGGAUCCCUUAUAACAAGCCACAUGGAGGUUGACAUCUUUAAUACCUGCACAAACUCUUCUGAAACUGGAAUCGGUUAUCUAAUGAAGACGAGAUUGUUCCCGUCUCUGUCAAAGUUUCCACACAGCAAAGGGCGUACAGGCCAGAUUUUGUGGCAGGAUGUGCGUGGUUGUCAGCUUGAGUGAAGGUGGUGGGUUGAUUUGUUUUUAGCUAAGGAAGCUACCAGAACAUUGCUGAGUUCAGGGUCCUGCUUAUUGGCCUUCCGUUGCCAGUUUCCAUGUUCUCUGCUAGCUAAGGCCCUUUACAGGUGACUGAGGAGGAGCACUGGGGACAUAAAUGGAGAGAAUAUCUGAGUUCAGUCUCUGUUUUGGCCUGUUCUUACAACUGCUCUGGUGAUUACUUCUGAGUUCUUAGCAGAAUCACCGUGCAGGAACUGCAGACAGAGGAAUUGAGUUAGGGAGCAGGCAAGGGCUUUCUCUCCCAUCUAGGGGUGUUUUUAAAGUAGACCCAGGCACUGCUUGCCUUUUCUCUGCUGCUGCUCUUCUACCAAGCAGUUUCUCACAGACUACCUCCUGUUCUGAGGAGCUGGAGACGUGUUUGAGAAGAACCACAACUUGCACUAACAAUGUUGUCAAGAGGUAGCAGCUACAGCAAACUCAGCUGUUCUCAAGAGGCGUUGCUUUCUCCGUCUGCUUGGGCAGGGUGAUCCCAGAAAUGGCUGUGGCUUGGCAAAGCAGCUGUGACCUGGGCAGUAAGAGGAAUCUGUCUUAAGCAUGUAUCUGUGGUGUUGAGAGAGCUUGGCCAUUCCAUAAUAAGGAGUGGAAGUGCCACGCUUCCCUCUUAUUGUGGAGAGUGCCAUGCUAUUUUGAGUCCCGCACAACUGAAAGAAGUGGACUGGAGAUAAUGUUCCGCUUGCUGGUAUGCAGUCUGGAAAAGGCUGUCGCUCACACAGGCUGCUUGUAUGCAGAGGCCAAGGCAGGACACCUUUCCACAUGCUGCUUGUGUUUUGCUUUUCACCAUCUCAGCUUGCCCCUUGCUUAACUCUGCUUAUUAGGAUAGGAGCAGCAGGCUGACUGCUGUUUUGCAUCUGUUACCCUUUCUCACUUGUGUGAUGUUUUACUGGACAUGUGUAAUGGAUGUACCUGUUUCUUUGCUCUUACAGCAGCCCAAGAGGGUUGCAUCUGAGUCUGAGCAAAUGGUAACGUUUAAAGAUCCUGCAGGCUAUUGAAAGCCUGCUGUGCUGCACUCUGCAAAAUGUCCAAUGGCAGCCCUAACUGGAAGAACUUUGUGUAGGAGAAAGGAGUGUCUUGUCUUUGGGUCAAAAGGACUGUUGAAGUACCCCAUGUGGUAGAAGGGCAGGAUCUUUACAUUAAGCCUUCUAUUGCAGUUUCCAUCUGUAGAUUAUAUAAGCUUUAUAAAGAACAGCUUCUGUACUCUGAAUUUGAUAGCUGUGAAAGUGGAAGCAUGGAGCAGUGAACUGGUAUGACCUGGUCUGUACCCGCUAACAGUCAUUGCUUCUCAGAUCACUCAUUCUUCUGAGUCUCUAACUACAGUGGAAGUUUCUCUCCGUUUUGAUGACCUCAGUGUGAAGCAUUUUUAUAUGUUCCCCUGUCAUACUAAGUGUGCAACUGGACCCUUCAGGCAGGAGCUCUCAUGUCAUAAUAGUGCUUUUGUAACAGUGGUGUUCAGAGCAGCAGGGUUUGAGGUUGUCAGCUGUGGAGAGCUGAUAUUGCAGGCAACAUCUAGUGAUGGGCUAAGGCAAGGACUCUUGAAGUGUGUCAGCUCUGGACUGUAACCUCAAGGAAUUGUCACCUCUUGUGAUUCUGAGAGGUACAGCCACCCAUCCCAAGGGCAGUCAUUAUUGCUUCUGGCAAAUAACUUAGUGUGACUGCUUGGGCUCUCACCAGUCUCUUAGUCCUUUCCGAAUGAGGAUGAGUCUUGUUGGGGCUACUAACAAUCACAGUAGGUUGGUUUCUUGCUACUUCCAGGUUUCUGUUUCCCAGAUGCUAAAGCUACUCUCUUUCUGAUCACCUCCUCUCUGUUUGGGUGAAGUACCAGUUGCUACUCUUAUUUCCUCUUGUUGGCUGGAAGCAUGUGUCCCUACAGGUGGGGUGAGCAGUUUGGUUUACUGUAUUGUGGCAUACUUUCUGCCUAGCCCUUUUGCUAGGCAAAAAUUUUGCACUUCACAAUUAGUGGAACUGACAUGAAGGGGAACCACAGUCAAGCAGGACUCUGCAGAGCAGUUUCCAGAAGCAUAUAACAGAAAUGACAUUGUAACAAUGUCCAAGACAUUGUUGAAUGUCUUGGCAUAUGCCGUUCUUCUGUCCUGAACACGCUACUUUUCAUCUUAAGUUUGUGUAUUUUCUCGUCCUACUUCCCCCCACACCCCUUUCCUAAUUCUGUGGCUUCUGCCUUUCCCACGGGGGAUAGAAACAGGGUGGUUACAAGCAACAGAAAACAGUGAUGCGUGAUUUUUCAGUCAUGGCUCACACAACCUGGGAUGUGUACUGCUGCACAGCUGAUGGGCUCUUCUGCUCUGUAUGCUUUGACAAAAAACAGAUGAAGUCCUACAACAGCUUGCACCUUUCAUGGUUCUAUUCAGCAUUGUUUGGCUUUGGUGGGGCAGGUGUUCACAGAUGUACUCUCUCCUCAUCCACUUCUGAGACCCCAGAGGUCCCCGCAGUAAUUGCCUGGAGCAUUUUACUUGGCUGAGAGUUGGGCCAGGCUGAGCUAAUCUGAUAGCUGGAUUUUACAGGCUACUGCAGGCUGCUGUAUUGUAAGUCCCUCUCGAGGCCUAAUAGCAAAACAGGAUUGUUUACAGCCAUAACAGAGAACAACUCAAUGUUGCCUGUCAUGCCAAAUAUAAACCUUUAUUAGCAACACAAGUGCAAGGGAUUUUAUGAAUGGUUGUGUGACUGAAACUGUUUUAUGAAAAACAACUUUGCUGUACAGGUCAAGUGAUUUCCGAGGAAGGAGGGUCAAAUUGAUCCACUGUUGGACUGUUAAUUGUUGAGAAGAAACAGGAAAGGGUUAAGGAGGGAGCGAUGACAUUUCCCUAAGAACCAUGUUUAAAAGAAAAUGGGGAAGACCCAAUGCAAAUGAUGGACAGGGCAACCUGUGCAACCCAGCCCUCUUGUUGGCCCAAGGAUAACAUUGCUGUAUGCUGUGCAAGCCCAGGCGUGCUGCAUUGCGGAAAGCAGAGGUGGGAAAAUACAGAUGCUACAGAUCAUCUGUUGCCCAAAACUCUUCUGCAGUUAAAACCAUUUGAGAGGAAAAAUGCUGAUGUUCAAGGGUUUCCCUGUCAGUUUUACAUUGCUUAUGGCACAUAAUAACUUGCAGUUGCUUUUUGCUCCUGUGUCCCUUGUGCACAGACAGAAAUGAAAACUGUCUAUGGAAGAAUUAAUUGGAACUUCUGUGCUGUUCCUUGGUGAAAAGAUUACUUUCCUUUCUUUUUUUCUUCUUUUUUUCAAGUACUGGACUCCAAGUAAUAAACUAGCUACAGUGAGUACUUCUUAGGUCAAUGCUUCAGGCUACUUCAACUGGCAACAAUUGCCUACUUAGGGAAGGAGCAAUGGAAGCUCUGUCUCUGGGACGAUAGUUAUACUUUCAUUGUAACUCAUUGCCUGUUUGUCCUUGCCAGACAACACAAGCACGCAUUUGGAAUUAGAAGUUGUUCCUUCCCACACAGCAGAAAAUGUUGUCUGCUGCAUUUUACUCAGUAGCAGAUUGGCAUACCCACUGGUGCCAGGAAGCUUUAUGACAGGGCAGGAUUUGCAAGACACAAUUGCAUGUUCCAGUGCCAGCACACAGCAAGUGAGGAUUCCAACAGCAUUCUUGGUCAGCGGGGGUAUUUGCAGAUAAAUGAUUCAUGGCUUUGGUUAUGAUGAUGAAUUUACUAGCAAGGAAAUAGAGGGUGUUGCUUUAUUUUCCUGAGACAUAAUAAACCCACUGGCCAUCCCUG